AUGCGUUUGUUUGCGCUUCUUUUAUGUUCAGCAGGCCUUGCUUCCUCAACAGAGCCGCCAAGAUGCAAACUUUCACCCUUUGAUGCGACUUGGCCUGUUGAAGCUGAAUGGGCUGCCCUGAACAACUCUAUCAGUGGCAGUCUAAUCAAAACACGCCCUGCUGCAUCCUCCUGUUACAAAACGAAUCCUUUUGAUGCAAAGUUGAACUGCAACAUCGUUGAAGCCAACUGGACUCAAUCGACGUUCCAUGCCAACCUUCCCAAGUCGAUUUCGGCCCCUUUAUACGCCAACAAUUCUUGCCUGCCCCCUGGAGCUCCAGGUUAUAACAAAACGCUUGGUUGCCAUCUAGGUGGAUAUCCGAGCUAUGUUAUAAAUGCGACGAGCGAUGAACAGAUCGCUCUCGCUGUCAAAUGGGCGUCAGAGCGAAAUAUCCGCAUCGUUGUCAAGGGAACUGGCCAUGACUUAUCCGGGAGAUCUAGUGGUGCACACUCUCUGUCCAUCUGGACUCGUCACAUGCAACGUGUCGAGUUCGAUCCGAACUGGAUAGUGCCUGGGACUAAUAAGACAGAUACCGUGCUUAUCGCCGCAAGCGGUCUCACUUAUGGUGGUGCAGUUGGUCACGCCCUCAAGCACGGCCACGUUAUUGUAAGUGGUAAUGAUGCCACAGUUGGCUUGGGUGGGCACAUCCAAGGCGGUGGUCAUGGUCCGUUGUCGAGCACCUUUAGCUUGGCCGCUGACAACAUAUAUCAAGUGAGAGUUGUAACGACUCAGGGUCACAUACUCACUGCCGAUGACACUCAAAAUCAGGACCUGCUCUGGGCCAUUCGAGGGGGUGGCGCAGGACAGUACGGUAUCGUUACUGAAUACGCACUGAAAGCUUAUCCCGCACCGAGUGUCAUUGAAACCGGAUUCACCAUAUCUCCACGUGGUAACAGUUCAGCUGCAUACGAAGCGACCUGGAACGCUUUCUCAGAGCUAUUGCGUGUACUUCCUGAUCUUAUGGAUGCUGGCUUAGCCGGUGUCAGCGUCAGCCAGGGGUUCUAUGCCUUCAACAAGUCAAGGGCAGCCACCGAAGAGUUGACUCAGAUGGCCAUCAACAAGAUCCAUGCUUUCACUGGCAAUAACUGUGACAUCCUGUCUAUCGUUGCUUCCAACACAACUGUCCAUCCUACCUACAAGGGGUUCUUCGAAGCCUUGAAUGCUGGAGGCUCAAACCAGGCCGGAGCUUAUUCAAUGCCGUCCAGUCGACUUCUUGGCCGUCCAGAGACAUCCGAAAUCGACCAGAAGAAGCUGAUUAGCUAUCUCAAGCGAAUGCUUACGAACUCCGACCCAGAAGCAUCUGGUAUGGCUGUGAUCGGCUUGCAAGGUGGACCAGGUCCUGCGAAAACACCAAGAAGCAUGCGAGGCGCGCUUCUACCAGCUUGGCGAUCAACCUAUCUCCAUACAAUGAGCUACAGUUUGACUCUCGACACCACUCUGACACCGGCAGAGACACUAGCGAAAGGAGCUCGUGAGCUGAAUGACUCUAAGGAAAAGCUCUGGCAGGAAUGGGCGCCAGAUACUGAAGCGUAUAUGAACGAAGCAAAUCCUUACAACCCAUCUUUCAAGAAGGACUUUUAUGGAGCCUUUUAUGAUCAUUUGUUAGCGGUGAAGGCAAAACAUGACCCCACUGAGAGUCUUUGGGUUUUAUCUGGAGUCGGAAGUGAUGCUUGGGAUUAUAGUCUAGAUACAGGCAAGCUUUGCAGAAGGAGUUAA